AUGUCGCAGCUGCACCGCGUGCUCGAGCAGACGUACGAACAGCUGGACCUGCUGGAGGAGGAGCAGCAGCAGGGGAGCUACAACCCGCUGGAGCCUCCAGGCGUCCAGUGUGGGGACGGGGCGUCCAGUGGCGGCAGCAGCUUCCAGACGAUGUCCAUCAUGGCGCGCCACUCCCUUCGCGGCCUCCUGCACCUCUCCAGACGCGUCUCCCUGAUGCGGCUACGCCUCCUCAAGAGGGACAUCUUACUCGAGAUGGCCGCCACCGCAGAGCACUUGGCAGACUUGCUCGAAGCUGACUCAUCAGAAGGUGAAGCUUCAUCUUCAACAGAGCAGAACAAAAGUGACGAGGGAUUCUCCACCGAAUCUCUGAAACAACUUGCCCACUCUUCAACUAGCGCCUCUGCCUCCUCAUCGGGACCUCCAGCAAGAGAGAUAGGCGUGAAGAACGCAGACCACUCGCCAGAAGAAUCGAGAAAGAAAAUCGUCAGAACAUCACCAAUCAGGGUGACAGACUCACCAUCUACUGUUCCGUCCUUAAACAUGGCUGGGACAUCAUCCGGCAUCCAGUCAGGAGCCAACAACAACCAAGCAGACAGUCGAGAAGAUCAAAUGCAUUCCUCCACAGCAACAAAUUCAGCAGCUGAUGGAGACAGAAAGGACAGCUCCCAUUCAAUGCCUCCUUCGGAAAUGGUCGUUCCUUCGACAGGUUUUCUUGCCUCAGUUGACACCACUCAAAUACAGAUGCUGACCCCAACGUGCAAUGUUCACUUGGAUGAUGAGAAAACAUCAGCGGAAGAGGUGGCCAGUGGAGCGACCGAGGCCAUGGCAGGUGGAGACAGCUCGGCAGGUGCUUCAUCAGACCCACAGAAAAUUACAGAUUCUGAGUUGGCGGAUGUUCGUACAGACGCUAAAGGCAUUUUCAAAAGAGUGACAGUUAAGACACACAUUUUCUCUACAGACAAUUCAUUGAAUUUUAGCAGUUCACCAGCAACUGGUAACUGCCGAGUAGGUUCUCUGGUCAGUGAAGAUAACCACACGAGAGAACCUUCUGCUACGCAAAUGUCAUCCAACUGUCAGAAUGAAAUUAUUUCGUCAACAGUGGGAUUCAACUCUGAAGCAGAUGAAACCUCUGUAAUUUCUCACACAGAAAGAGGCAGCUCCAACAAGCAAGACAGUCCCUUCUCAACUGGCAAAGUUUUGGACAGUUCCCAUCAAGUGGAGGUUACUGUAUCACCCAGUAACUCGUCUGCUGAAGCUCAGAUUAAGGAAGGUACCAGCAGUAAGACAGAGCUUCCUCCAUGUGCGCACAUUUCACCAGGCUGUCAGGGUGAAACAGUGGACUCCUCGUUAGUGGACAUUCGUUGCGAAACCCCAACUGAAAAUUCCCCUGGACUUGGUCUGACACAAGCGAGUAGCAUGAAGGACCACAGCCGUGGAACAGGUGGUUCAUCAAGCUGUCAAUACGAAACAGAAGGUUCCGUUACAGUAGAUACCCAAUCACAAGUAACCGUUGAAAGCAAGAAAGAGAGCCAGUCUAAAGGAGACACUUCAUCAGAAUCAGUGAGAGCAGGGUAUAAUUAUCAAUCGACGAAUACCGAUACUAAUGCGGAAAGAUUCUCGAUGAGUGUUACGAAGGAAGCUGGCGCUGGUGAAGGCACUGGGGAACUCCAGAACUCCUCACCGGAAGGCUCAGCUGAAAGAUCACCCCGAAAUGGUCAAUCCCCAUCAGCUGAGAGACGCUUGCAGUCAGUCUAUUUCUCAGCUAGCCCACAUGUCACGAGGGAGAGUGAAGUUUCUUCACCCAAGUUACCAGACGCCCAGUGUUAUUCAGGAGGUUCACUGUCAGUCAGAACGGAUUCAGAAGUAAGCCCCCAAAUGGGAAGCACCCAAUCAAUGAGCCAAGAGAUUUCUUCAGCAACCAAAAUAUCAUACAGUCCGCAGAAAACGGAGGAAUUGCCAAAAACUGGGACACAAGUGAAAAUAUGCCGCUUCUCAGCAAGCCCACAGAUGAUAGAGAAAUUGGGAAGUCCUCCAACAACGAAAUUGUCAGAUUCUCAUCCUGCUCGGCUUCAUCAUGAAUUAUUCCACAUCUCAACGAGUUCUCAGGCUAAAAAGAAACGGCGGAGUCCUCCUGCAACCACAUCAAACCACCAGCAAGAAACUGAGGAUUCUUCAAGGCCUAGGACACGGUUGAAGACACUUCGCUUCUCGACAAGCCCCCAGAGAUUGAGGAAGCAGAAGAGCCCUUUUGCAAAAAGAGUAUCAACAGCUUGUCAGAAAGAUACACAAAGAAGGAUGAGAGAACAACAACAACAACAACAACAACAACAACAACAUGCGCUCAGAGAAGGAAAGUCAACAGCAGAUCUAAUUUUGGUUGUAAGACAGUGGUGGGAACAUCACCAUGAACAUGGAACAGAUCAUUGA